GGUGAUGUGGCAGAGACAUAUUCCAUGUUUGUUGUAACAAUGUCUCUUUUGAAAGAAAGAUUUGAGCAUGUCUUCUAUGUUCCUGGAAACCAUGACCUUUGGUGCCGUCGUGAGGAACAAAAUUAUGUAAGGUUGAUUCUCUUGAAAAGCUGAAUAAAUUGCUUGAUGCAUGUAAGAGAAUUGGAGUUGAGACAAAUCCAAUGGUUGUAGAUAAAUUAGGAAUCAUUCCUUUGUUCUCUUGGUACCAUGAGAGCUUUGACAAAGAGAAGGACAUAACAGGCUUUCGCAUCCCGUCAUUGGAGAUGGCAUGUAAGGACUUCUAUGCAUGUAAGUGGCCGGAGGGCCUUUCAGAUAUCUCCCUCGCUUUAUAUUUUGAUGCCAUGAAUGAUAAACAAAUGAAAUUGAUAAAGGAGAUUCAGAUGACUUGUGAUCACAUCAUUACCUUUUCCCACUUUGUUCCCAGGCAGGAACUAUGUCCAGAGAAGAGGAUGUUAUUCUAUCCCAAGCUCCCAAAAAUAAUUGGUUCAGACUCUCUUGAAGAUCGAAUAAGGUCUAUACAUGGGGCUGAGGGAAGGAGGGUUGGAUCUUCUUGUCAUGUGUUUGGUCACACCCAUUUUUGCUGGGAUGCUAUUGUCGAUGGUAUCAGGUAUGUACAAGCACCCUUAGCAUACCCAAGGGAAAGGAAGAGAAGAAUGAAUGGAGGUGAAAAUUGGCUACCCUUUUGCCUUUAUGCUGACAAAAAAUUUGCUGAUAGACUCAACCCUUGUUUUUGGUCUGAUUAUUACUCUGCCAACCCUAGGACACCUCAUGAUACUAAACUUGCUCCUUGGGUCGCCAGGUUUUACAAACAAACACAAAGUAUAGAUGUAUAAUAUUGACUCUUUUACAUUAUUAUGAUGCAUUUAUUUGUUAUUAGACAUAAAGGACAGGUUGUGCCUUUUCCAUUUAUAUGAGAUUUAGGCAUAGGUAGCAAUCCAAUUAUGUAAUUUGUUAA